AUGCUCUUUGCUCCCCGCGCCACGAGAUCAAUCCGCCCGCCCGGACCCUGCUCAUAUAAUGCUCAUGCGGCAGCCCAACAAGGGAACGUGGAGCAGGCCGUGAACGGAGCGCAAGGACCGGGCAAGGUCGGCGGCGAGGCUCCCGAGGCGGCGUCGGCGCCCAAGGCCGCGGCCGCCGCCACCGCUGCUGCGCCGCAUCACCGGCGAUCCAAGAGUGCUUCUUCGGGCAGGAACCUGGAGACUUGCAAGCAUGCCACCAUGGAGCAACGCUUCAACCAAGCACAGAACCCGCCGGACCCGAGGAAGUCUUCUUGCUCAACGGAUGGUUCUUCGGUUCUCCGGGCACCGCCGAGGGAUCAACGGACGAGCGCGGCCACGGCGUCGCCGAACCACCGCGUCUCGCUGGAGAAUGACGUCUCGCAGCUGCAUCUGCAUCUGCAUCAGGAGAGGUCCAUCCGGAUCAUGCUUGACCGGGCGAUCGGCCGGGCUUCCAGCACCCUGUCUCCUGGUCAUCGGCACUUUCCAGCUCAGACAAAGGAACUGAUAGCAGAGAUUGAAUUGCUCGAAGAGGAAAUUGCGAACCGCGAGCAGCACGUCCUCUCACUCUACAGAAGUAUAUUUGAUCAGUGCGUAUCUGGGCCAUCAUCAGGGCAGAGUUCCGGUAUUUCAUCCCCGGCUCAUGCCAAGAGCAUAAGUUCAAGGACGAGACGACGACAAUCGAGCAUAAUAUCAAGUGCAUUUUGCUCAUCUAAGAAGCUGCCUCUCCAACCUUUCCAUAUCAUGACAUCAGUGUCGGAGUCGGGUAGGACGAAGAACAUGCUCAAGACCAAGAUCAAGCAUGAAUCUUUCUCGAGCGAAACGUUGGAUGUCCGUCCUGCCUCCCUUGCAUCAGAUCCAAGGAAGCUGCCUUAUUCAGGGAGUAGUUCUUUGGCACGUACUCUGAAAGAUCAUCUCUACCAAUGUCCAAGCAAGAUAUCUGAAGAAAUGGUUAGAUGCAUGGCCUCCAUAUACUGUCUUUUGCGCACGGAGUCACCAGAAAAGCCUGAAAAGGUUCGCUCGCCGUUCUUGUCAAGAUCAUCAACAAGUGUCAUUCUUCCUCGGAGGGGUAACGGCGAGGAGACUAAUCCAUCAAGUAACAAAAGCAUUGUCGAAGUAUGUUCAAUCACAGUCGAAAAGAAUCAGACGCCAGAUGUCUCCUGUGCAAUUACCCACUACAGGUUGCUUGUGGAGCAGCUUGAAAGGGUUGAUCUGAGUAUGUCAGAAACCAGUAUCAAACUGGCCUUUUGGAUCAACGUGUACAAUUCUCUUGUCAUGCAUGCAUAUCUAGCAUAUGGAAUUCCAAACAGCUCUCUGAAAAGAAUGGCUCUAUUUCACAAGGCUGCCUACAAUGUUGGUGGAUAUGCCGUGACAGCCAACUCCAUUGAACACUCCUUGCUGUGCUGCAGAUCCCCGCGGAUUGGUCGUUGGUUUGAAUCAAUACUGUCGACGGCGAUGCGGAAGAGAUGCGCGGACGAGAAGCAGCUGGUCCAGCUCAAGUUCGGCCUGCCGGACUGCCAGCCUCAGGCCCUGUUCGCGCUGUGCACCGGUGCCUCCUCCGACCCCACGCUCAAGGUGUACACGGCGAAGAACGUGACGGAGGAGCUGGAGCGGGCGAAGCGGGAGUUCCUGCAGGCCGGCGUGGUGGUGCGCAAGUCGAGGAAGGUGUUCCUGCCGCGCCUCGUGGAGCGGUACGCCAAGGAGGUCGGCCUCCCCGCCGGCGACGGCGUCCUCGCGUGGGCGCGCGACAACUUGGACGGCCGGGCCGCGCAGGAGGCCAUCCAGCGGUGCGCCGCCGCAGCAGCAGGAGCCGGCGGCCGGCGCAGGGCGUCGCAGGCCUUCGAGUGGCUCCCGUACAACCCCAGGUUCCGCUACGCCUUCGCCAGGAGCAUGGUCGACAAGCAAGCCGCCGCGGUGCUCGCCUAG